AUGGACAUCAUUUCGUCUCGUAUCCUCGGCCACGACCACGUCCUCAUCUACGACAAUACAACUAUCCAUCGUAAACGCCGCGACGAUGCUCUCUCGGCCCGCAAGAUGCCCAAGUACCCGACCGCUCCGAACAACCGCAUGUUCGGGGUGGAUAUACCACUUCUCGAUGCCAUUGGUCAGCCUGCCUACAACACCAGGGGCAAGAUCCAACGCACUCGCAUCCGUAUGGGCGACGCUCGCUUCGCAAACGGGCUGCCGCAGCCGUUGUAUUAUCCGCUCGGUCAUCCUCGGGCUGGCGUUUUCAAGGGCAUGCUCGAGAUCCUCGCCGAGCGCGGCUACGAACGCGACAUGCUUCAUGCCCUUCGCGCCGAGUGCCACAGCUUCAAGUGCUCACCGAAAUUCGAACGCGCCAACCCGUGCUGCUGCCGCCGCCUGCUCUUGAACGAGCCGGACUUUGCAACUGUCCUGUCGAUCCUGGAGGAAGAAUGCGCCGCUCGCGGCUUCCGCGUCAUCUUCCUGCCCAAGUUCCACUGCGAGUUGAACCUGAUCGAGCAGUGCUGGGGUCGUGCGAAGGCCAUCUACCAUGACUUCCCAGCAUCAGCCUGCGAGGACGUGCUCGAGCAGAACGCCACACGCGCAUUGGCUGGAAUCACACUGCUGAACAUCCGUCGGUAA